AUGGAUUUCAAAUAAUCAAUAAAUGAUUCUUUGGAAAAGAUGUGUAAAUAAAUAUAAUAAUAUGUAUUUCCGAUUUAAAAAGAAAAAUAAGAAUUAUAAGAAUUUGAAUCAUAAUUAAGUUAUUUUGAAGAUAUAACAUAGUUAUCUAAGUUGUAUUCUUAAGAAUAAUAGUAAUCGCCUAAAUUGAUAUAGGAUAACCAUUUUAUCAAUGAAAUAUAAAUAUAAUUUGAACUUUUAUUCAUUAGUUCUGAAUACUUUUAGACAGUCGACACAUUUAAGAAUACAAAAGAAAUAAUUAAAGAUAUAAUAGACAAUAAUGUAAUUGAAUUAGUUCCUUCAAAUAUAACCAAGAAUGAUUCUAAAACACCAAGUUUAAGUAGAAUUUGUAGUUAUCAUAAAAAGGAAAUAAUUAUGAUUGAUAUAGAUUCAUAAAAAUAAAAAAUAGAAGAUAGAUUUGCAUGUGUGGAUUGUAUAUAUGAAAAUCCAUAGAUUUAAUAUCAAACUAUUGAAAAUAUAGAUAAAUAAUGGAAGGAAUACAAUACAGAUAUUGAAAAGAUAAUAACAGAAUAUAAUAAGGAAAGCAAAGGAAAAAAAAGUGAAUUAUUAAACUAAUUAGGACAAAUGAGAAGGAAUUACAAUAAAAAAUUGAAUGAAAUAAGUGAAAAUUUGAUUGAUGAAUAAUUUUUAAGCAUUAACAAGACGAAACAAACAAAUCAAAUUCAAAAUAUUUCAAUUAAAACAUUAGAUGAUGAAUAAUUGUUGAAGGAUUUAAGGUAAUUAAUUAAAAAAGAAAAAGUUACAUAAAGUCAAAUAAUUACAAACUUAAAAAAUAAAGAUUAGAUUUUCAAAAAAGACCUUUAAUAUCAGUUAGAAUCUUUGCAUUAAUAUAAUUAAUAAGAUAUUUAAUAAUCUUUGGAAAUAUUGAAAGAAGUUUCAAUUGAAAAAGAUUUAAUUAUGUAAUUAACUGAUAAAUGCUAAGAUAUUUAACAAUGUGCAUAAGAGGAUGAAAACUAUAUAAACCAAAUUAAUUUUAUCAAAGAAAUUUAAGAUUUGAUUGAUUUAGCAAAAAAACAUCAGUGUCAAUAGAAUCUAUUUGAUUAGACUAUUCUGAUUUAUUAACAACAUUUUUAGAAAAUUGAAUACAUUAAAUAAAAUAUAUUAAUUAAAACAUAAGAUUAAGCGGUGAAAUCAGAAUAAUUAAAAUCCUAAUAUUCUAAAUUAUCAAAUAUAUUGAAUGAAUAUGCGAAUACUUAUGAUAAUAAUACGAUACAAAUGAAAAAAUAUUGUAUGAUUAAAUAAUUGGAGAGUGAUAUAGUAAAGUUAAGAGAAACUAAUAGUAAUUUGGAAGUUGAAAGUAAAGAUAUUAAAUUAUAAAUAGAAGAUAAUUUAAUUAGUUCUAUGUAAAAGUAAUUUAAGUAUAAAUUAAAUGAGACAAAUAUAAAAAAAAAAGAAUAAAAAUAUAAAAAGAUGAAAGAAUAAUUAAAAAACGCUGUUAAAGAUAAUAUCAAAAUGAAAAAGUAAUAUGAAUAAGAUAAAACAAAAAUGAUGGAGAAAUUUGAAGAUGAAUGUAAAGAAAAUAAAGUAAAAUUCGAAUUAAUUAAAGAUUUAACUUAAAAAAAUUCAGAAUUACAAGAAGCAUUAAUGAAACUUGAUUAAAUCAAUUAAGUUAAAUCAGAAUAAGAAAAAUACAGUAAAAUGGAAAUAGAAAAAAUUUAAUAAUUUAAAAAAUCAUUAUCAUUUUCUAAUAAUUAUAAGAGUGCUAAUUGUUAGGUAAGCGAAGAUGCAAAAAUUGUGGCAGAAGUAGUUAAUGAUGGUUAUUGGUAUUAUUGUCUUUGUGAAUAAGCAAUUCCAAAAACUGGAAAGAUAUAAUUUGCAUUCUAAAUCAUUAGUGGAUAAGGUUUUAUGGUUGGAAUUGGAUUUAGAGAGAUUAUGUAGAGAAAUAAUUAUAAGAGUUGUUAUUAUACCGGGUUUGGAACUUAUUUAAUCCUCAAUGAUGGUUGCAUUUUUUCACAUCAUAAUGAGGAUCUACAUCAUAAAAAACAAUCAUUUGCUUUUACAACUAAUGAUGUCAUAAUAGUUGAAGUAUGCAUCGAACAUAAAUAUAUUAAAUGGAGUAAAUCGAUUAAUCCAUAAUUAAUGUUUGUUUUAGAUAUAGAUACGUCAUAAGAAUUGUAUCCAUGUUUGGGUGUUUUUAAUUAAUCUAAAAUAAAAUUAUUGCAUAAUAUACCAUGA